UUUUCCCCUUAAACCACUUAAUUGCUGCUUUAGCAGUAUGCUUAGUGUCUUUGUCCUGCUGGAAGGUGAACUGCCAUCCCAGUCUCAAAUCUUUGGAAGACAGAAACAGGUUUCCCUCAAGAACUUCUCUGGAUUUAGCACCAGCCAUCAUUCCUUCAAUUCUGACCAGUUUCCCAGUCCGUGCUGAUGGAAAAACAUUCCCACAGCAUGAUGCUGCCACCACCAUGCUUCACUGUUGGUAUGAUCUUCUCGUGUGAUGAGUGUUGGGUUUGCGCCAGACUGAGUUUUCCUUGAUGGCCAAAAAGCUCAAAUGUAGUCUCGUCUGACCAGAGUACCUUCUUCCAUAUGUUUGGGGAGUCUCCCACAUGCCCUUUGGCGAACACCAAAUGUUUUGCUUAUUGGGCUCCGUAUGUUUGCUUUAUUUUUUUCUUUAAGCAAUGGCUUUUUUUUCUGGCCACUUAAGUAAAACCCGGCUCUGUGGAGUGUACGACUUAAUGGUCCUAUGGAGAGAUAGUCAAAUCUCUGAGGUGGAGCUUUGCAGCUCCUUCAGGGUUGUCUUUGGUCUCUUUGUUCCUCUGAUUAAUGCCCUCCUUGCCUGGGCUGUGAGUUUUGGUGGACGGCCCCAUCUUGGCAGGUUUGUUGUGGUGCCAUGUUCUUUAAAGGUGCUCUGUGGUAUGUUUGAAGUUUCAGAUAAAAAAAAAUUAGAACCCAUCCCUGAUCUGUACUUCUCCACAACUUUGUCCCUAACCUGUUUGGAGAGCUCCUUGGUCUUGGUCUUCAUGGUACUGCUAGCUUGGUGGUGUUGCAGACUCUGGGGCCUUUCAGAACAGGGAGAUGACUUUGUCAGAGCCAACGCCUGCAACAGACUGACAGUCAUUGCUGAUCAAAUUAGAUACCUGCAGGAACAAGCCAGAAAGGUUUUAGAGGAUGCCAAGAAGGACGCUGAGCUGCACCAUGCUGCAUGUAAUGUAGUCAAGAAGCCAGGGAACAUGUAUUACCUGUACGAGCGGCCCUCCGGACAGAAAUACUUCUCUAUCCUCUCGCCUCAGGACUGGGGUGCCGGCUGCCCUCACAAGCCUUGUGGUGCGUUCAAGCUUCAAUACGACAUGUCCUGGACCCCUCUAGAUGACGUGGCGAAGAAGGACGCUGAAAUCGCCAUCAUGGACAAAAUCCUGAGCCAGCAGACAGCCCUGCCUCCUUGCUUAGAGCCCAACUUUGAGAACAUCUCAAAGUAGAGCUGCAACCUGGAACAGGACCAUCUUAAAGGGGCCACAUUGAGUGGCAUUAAAUGGUCUUAAUGGACAGACAGGGACAGAUUUAAUAGCUUGAGAAACAAAAGCUAACUUGGGAGGCAAAUGUGUAUUGUAAAACACAAUUCAUUUAGUUCUUAUUCAUCUGGCACAAACCUUUAGGCAAGCUCAGUAAAUCUGGUCCCAUUAGGGUUUUAAUGUGAAACUUUAGUCAUACAGAACUGUUUUGUUGUGUCAAAGACUUCCCAAAUGGGAAAUACCCCAUGUACAUUAGCAUUAGGAACCAAUUCAAGGUUCAAAAUACUUUCCAGUUUUGCACCAAAUGUCUUUCAAGGAAUGCAUUUGAAUUACUUCCUUAAAUUAAAGCAUAUUCCUUUUCUACAAAAUGGAAAAUCUUUGUUCUGCUAUAUCACUCAAAUGACCAUCUCUAAUAAUAGAUUUGUGUCCAUGUCUUAAUUCUAUUUUCAUGGGGGAACAGGCAACCUGUCCUGUAAUUGGGAGAGAAUGCAUCUUCUGUUUUUGGGACCUGCAAAACGAUUGUACAGCUGUAAUAAAAUAUUUAAGUAUGGAA